AUGGAGGCGACGAAAUUGAUGUGUUUCGUUUGCUUCGAGGCACUCGAAAACAAAGUCACAGGAUGUCAUAAGAAUAUUUUCAGAAAACAAGCACCAGAAACAGAUAACAGAGAAUGCCCAAUGUUUGUAACUUGGAAAAAGAAUGGCAACCUUCGUGGAUGCAUUGGUAUUUUCAAAGAAAUCCCUCUUUGGGAUGGCUUACAAGAAUAUGCUGUUAUUGCCGGUACUCAAGACAGAAGAUUUUCUCCAAUUAUAAAGGAUGAACUUCCAAAACUCGAUUGUGGUAUAAGCUUACUACACUCUUUUGAACCUGGCAAUGAUGUUCUAGAUUGGACAGUUGGAAAACACGGAAUUCGUCUUUUUAUUGACGGAUAUUCCGCUACAUACCUUCCAGAAGUUGCAUCCGAGCAAGGAUGGACAAAGGAAGAGGCACUUCGCUCUCUCGCAAGAAAGGCAGGAUAUCCUCGUGAGUUUGGACCUUCCGAAUAUUCCAAAGCCAGGAUUGAGAGAUACCAAUCAGCCAAAUUACAUGCCACAUGGGAAGAAUACGAAAAAGCUCAACAAGAAUCCGCAUUAUAA